UACGUUACGCAGCACGCGUCCGCUACGUUUAUAGUUUCACGUACGCAGAAGCAGCACCAGAAGUGCCUGCGUGGAGCUCUCGCAUACAUACGAUGGAUGCUUCCGCGUGCUUUUUCGUGCUCCCUGGUGGCAGACGAAGACACUACUAUAGCCAAAUAAGUCCAAGCCGAGUCGGAGUCAGAAGUGUGCUUUUGUUGCAAGGCGAACUGCGCAGUUUGUAUUUGUGGCAUGGUCGCCGCGUACUUUCGAGCAGCAAAAUGCCUCGCAGCGUACUUAGUGACCCGCGUUUGUUGUCAAUGCUCUCUUGCACAGAAAUUGACGACCUCCUCAUGACGGAGACAGAGCGACAGUAUUUAAGUGGCUCGCUGGAUGACGUGGAGGAUCUGAUGAGGCGGAACAGAGAGUCAGAGCUGCUGCUCUACCGUUCGCGCAAUGGACUUCUUGACACAACAAGAAUAGAAGCUGGACUUUUCCGGCAGCAAUUCAGGUUUGAGAAGGUGGACUUUGACGAGCUACUGUCUGCGCUGCUGCUACCGGAGUCAGUGAGAAGUGCACAAAACGUGAAUGUGUCUGGUCGAGAGGCUUUGUGCAUCACUCUUCGACGACUUGCUUACCCGAAUAGGUGGUGCGACCUCGAACCGAUUUUCGGUAGGCACUCUUCAGUAAUGUCGAGUGUAGCUUCCAAAGUGAUCAGGCACAUCACAGGUGUGUUUGGCCAUCUUAUGACCGACUGCAACCACCACGACUGGCUAUCUAUUACAUGCCUUGAAGACUUUGCAAAGGAAUACUCCGAUCCAGUGGCCUUUAUUCGAAGUUGGAGAGGCUGGUGCAAAAUCACAAUUCUGUGAUAUAUGGCGACCCGGCGUAUCCCCUGAAACCACUUAUCAUGAAGCCCUACAGUCGCUCCUCCCAAACAUA